ACUGUACAUACACCCAUUCAACGCGCGUGGCAUAGAAAUAGUGACUAGUCUCGAUACGAUUAUAGAACCAUUGUGCACGAUCCGGAUCGAUCCCUUGUCAUAACAUUACCAGCAAAUGAUAAAGGGGUGUAUUCUGGAUUGUACGAGAAUUAGACAUCGCUGAGAAGAGUGAUCUAUUUACAAGGAAGACAUUUUAUGUACGUGGCCGACAAUCGUUAUCAUCGAGAGAUAAAGAGAGAGAACAUUACAGUAUCACCACCUCUACCACCAUCAAUACCACCACCACCACCACCACCAACACCAACACCACCACGCUACCAACAACAACAACAGCGAGAAGAGGAACAGUAACACAGGACAUGGGUAACAAACCGAGCAACGACUUAAAACCAGAGACUCUCUCCGAUUUAUGCAAACAAACGGAGUUUACAGAAGAAGAGCUUCAACAAUGGUAUGCCGAUUUCAAAAAAGCCAGCUCAAAGGAUUACCUCACAAAAUCGGACUUCAAAAAGGUGUAUGCCCAAUACUUCCCUACUGGUGAUGCUACGAAGUUUACCGAACAUGUAUAUCGUACGUUCGACAGUAACGGAGACGGUACGAUCUCUUUCCGAGAGUUCAUGUGUGGUAUGAGUGUGUUAGCUCGGGGUACGGUUGAACAGAAGUUAAGUUGGAUCUUCAGUAUGUAUGAUAUUAACAAGGAUGGAUACAUCUCCAGACCAGAGAUGUUGGAAAUACUUCAGUCAUUGUACAGGAUGGUCGGUGAGAUGAAUGACGAGGCCACACGGUAUGAAGAAGAUACACCAGAGAACAAACUAGAGAUGAUAUUCCGAAAUGUAGAUAGGGAUUGUGAUAAUAGGCUCUCACUCAAUGAAUUCCUAGAUGCAGCAUCGAACGACCCGGGGAUCAAGACCAUGUUGCAGAUUUAAUUAAUAAUAAUAAUAAUACUCAGUUUUUAUAUAUCGCUUAUUACAAUCACGAAGCGCUUCCAAAC